AUGUAUAGAAGGGUUACAAACCAAUGGUCUAAGUUUGUCAGACAGUAUUUAAAUGCUAAGUUCAAACAUUUUAAGUCUAAUGAAAAACCUAUAUCCUUUAAAAGUCUCAUCUCAAAUCCCAGAAGAAAUAAGCAGUUAGGUUUGGCUGUCGGUGGCUCUGUCGUGUUCUACUGCGCAAACUUGGAUGCUGCUCCAGUUACUGGUAGAACUAGGUUCCUCUGGUUACCACGCUCAGUAGAACUUCUCGUAGGUGGCUAUUCAUACCAAUCCAAACUGCAAGAGACAGAUAAAUAUUUGUUAAGUCCAAUCCAUCCCGUGACUUUACGGGUCUCCAACUUAUUCAUGAAAGUUGUCGAGGCGGCACGUGCAGACCCUCAAGUGGACCAUUCUCUCCUGGAUGACAUUGAUUGGAAAAUACAUGUUGUGAAUGAUCCGUUAGCUCCUCCUAAUGCGUUUGUUAUGCCCGGCGGAAAAGUAUUUGUAUUCAGUAGCAUUCUAGGUAUCUGUAAGAAUGACGAUGGAUUAGCUGCAGUUCUGGCUCAUGAAUUGGCUCACCAACUAGCUCGACAUUCAGCAGAACAAAUCUCUAAAUCUAUUAUCUAUUUAGGUUUAGAAGGUGUGUUAUACGCUGUUACAGGUAUGAGGAUCUUCAAUAAUAUGCUAGUAAAUAUGAUACUAAAAUUGCCAGCUUCGAGGGAAAUGGAGACUGAAGCAGACCAUAUUGGGCUGAUGAUAAUGUCUAGAGCAUGUUUUAAUCCUGAUGAGGCAGUUCGUUUGUGGGAAAGAAUGUCAGAUUUUGAAAAGCAGUACAAGAGCGGCUCAGUGCGUUUAGAGUUUCUAUCUACUCAUCCACACAGUACUAGGAGAAUUAAAGAUAUCUCCAAAAAUUUGCUAAAGGCUCAUGAACUGUACUCGCAAUCAAAUUGUGCUAUAAUCAAUGGACAUUAUAGUAAGUUUCAAAAUUUCUUCAAUGCCAAUAGUAGAUUUUAA